AUGAGUAACCUUGUUGUAGAUCAAAAAAUCCUUCCGGAUAUAUCAAAACCCCAAUGGGAUCAAGCAACGUAUUCAGGCCGUGCCCGUCACUUCUUCUCUUCAACCAACCCUCUCACACUAUUCUCGUCACAUGCUCGCCAAGAACAAUGUCGUGAAAUUGUCACCAACUACCGGAAAGGAAUCAUCAGUCCGACACUGACAGUCAGCGAGCUGUGGAAGGCGAAGACGUUGUACGACUCGACGUUUCAUCCGGAUUCUGGAGAGAAAAUGUUCUUCUUGGGAAGGAUGAGCGCGCAGAUGCCCGGCAACAUGGUGAUCACCGGUAUGCUGCUCAGCCUGUACCGUACCUUCCCGGGCGUCGUCUUCUCUCAUUGGAUCAAUCAAUCAUUCAACGCCGUCGUCAACUACACGAAUCGUAGUGGUAAUAGUAAGGCGUCUAACGAGAGACUUUUUGUGUCUUACUGUUGUGCGACGGGCGGUGCGAUGACAGCUGCAUUAGGCUUGAAUAAGAUGGUUAAGAACAGUCACGGUUUAGCCGCUCGUUUAGUCCCGUUUGCUGCAAUAGCCUUGGCAAAUGCAAUCAAUAUUCCAAUGAUGCGGAGCAGCGAGGUCACAGAAGGAAUGGAGUUACGUGACGAGAACGGGGAGUUGGUCGGAAAAUCUCGGAAAAUGGCGAUUCUAUCGAUUGCGCAAGUCACGUUGAGUCGUAUUGCAAUGGCUACGCCGUAUAUGGUCGCCACACCUAUCAUCAUGAACCGUAUCACGCGCACCGCCUACUACCGUACCCGCCCAUGGAUGCAAAAAUAUUCGGAAAUUCCUAUACAAACGUUGUUGGCCGGAGCGGGUCUAUACUUCACCACCCCACUGUGUUGUGCACUUUUCCCGCAGAAAUCUGCGGUCGAGGUGAGUUUUGUCUCGAAUGGCCGUGUCCGUCACUUCUUCACUCUUACUAACCCACUCACGCUUUUCUCAUCGGAGGCCCGACAGGAGCGUUGUCGACAAAUCGUUGUCGACUACAAACAUGGAAUCAUCAGUCCGACACUGACAGUCAGCGAGCUGUGGAAGGCGAAGACGUUGUACGACUCGACGUUUCAUCCGGAUUCUGGAGAGAAAAUGUUCUUCUUGGGAAGGAUGAGCGCACAGAUGCCCGGCAACAUGCUAAUCAACGGAAUGUUGCUAAGCCUCUACCGUACAUUCCCGGGCGUCGUCUUCUCUCAUUGGAUCAAUCAAUCAUUCAACGCCGUCGUCAACUACACGAAUCGUAGUGGUAAUAGUAAGGCGUCCAACGAACGUCUUCUGCUGUCCUAUCUGUGUGCGACGGGCGGUGCAAUGUCGGGUGCACUCGCGUUGAAUGCAAUGGUCAAGAAUAAGAAUAGUGUGGCGGCACGGUUGGUGCCGUUCGCCGCGGUCGCCCUAGCUAAUUGCAUCAAUAUUCCGAUGAUUCGGAGCAACGAGGUGACAGAAGGUAUGGAGUUACGUGACGAGAACGGCGAGUUGGUCGGCCGCUCCCGUCAAAUGGCAAUUCUCUCCAUUGCACAGGUCACGUUGAGUAGGAUUGGCAUGGCUAUGCCGGAUAUGGUCAUGACGCCCAUCAUCAUGAACCGUAUCACGCGUACCAUGUACUACCGUACCCGUCCGUGGAUGAAAUACUCCGAGUACCCGAUUCAGACGAUGCUCGCCGGAAUGGCUCUGUUCUUCACCACUCCGAUGUGUUGUGCACUUUUUCCGCAGAAAACUGCCGUCGAGGUGACCAAACUCGAGGCAUCCGUGCAAAAGGAGAUCUUCUCACGUGCCGACGCUCCAGAAGUGGUGUUCUACAAUAAGGGAUUGUGA